AUGGUUUCCUUCAAGAUCCUCACUGUUGCCACCCUUGUCGCCACUGUCAUGGCUUCCGACUCUCCUAUUGUUGACGGGUACCAUUCUGGUCUUACCAACAGCCAGCAGACUAUGGAUACUUUGAUCCGUCAGCUCCGUGCCAAUGAUGGCCACCCCACUUCUGACAUCAUUUCUGCUGUCAUUACUGGUCUUGACUCCCAGAUUGAUAACGGUAUUGCCACUGUUGUUAAUACUCUUGCUCCCUUGACUGGUGGUCUCUCUCUUGCAGUUGGUCAGGCUCUUCUUGGUCCCUUUGCCCAGUCAGUUACUAACGGUGCUGAGGUUGUCAUCUCCAACCUUGUUGGUGCUCCCAUUGACUUUAUCACCCAGGGUAUAAGACUCAACUUUGCCAACACCUUGGGCAACUUGGCCACCACUGCUAAGCAGUACAAUGUUGACACUACCCGUCUUCACCAACUCUCUAUGCAACUCCGUACCAACACUCAUGCAAAAACCCACUAA